GUGGACUAUAAAUAGUCGACUUCUAAUCCUCGUCAUCGGGGACCGGGAUGGACAACGCCGUGAUCCUCCGAGAAUGGUACGACCGCGUCGAUUCCAAUCGCUCCGGCAACAUCACGGCCCACCAGCUCCAGUUCUGAUUAUUUCGGCAUCGAUGAACCUGCGAUCAGAGAGCCCUCUCCGUCGGAAACCUCGACUUUUCCCUCUCCGUAGUACAGCAGAUGAUCAGAAUGUACGAUUUUGAUGGAAAUGGGACCAUGAACUUUGAAGAAUUUCUUGCUCUCAACAAGUUUCUUCUCAAGGUCCAAAAUGCUUUCACCCUCAAAGAAAGGGGUCGUGGAUAUCUAAAUCCGGAUGAUGUCUAUGAGGGACUGGUCAGCCUUGGCUUCUCCCUUGAUUCACCUUCUUUCUUAACAGUCUGUGAGAGCUUUGACAAGAACAAGAGGGGAAUGGUUCUGUUGGAUGACUUCAUCUCACUUUGCAUAUUUGUACAGUCAGCUCGGAAUUUGUUUAAUUCCUUUGAUACAACCAAACAAGGCAGAGUAACACUAGAUUUCAACCAAUUUGUAUACUGUACUGCCAAUUCCCGAAUAUAAUUCAAUUCUGCUGCUUUUCGUGGUUCAUCACUCUGAAUCUAGUGAGACUUUGUAUCCUUUGUGUUCAUGUAAAUUACUUGUAUUCACGUGUUCAUACGUUAAUCAGCUUAAAUAACUUCGACACCGGAAGAGAAAUUUGUAAAGUAAUAACUUAGACUUCUGUUCUUUGAUAGCGUUGAGAAAAUUUGGCCGACAGAAUGAGAUUACACAGUACUUCCUACUCUUUCAAAAAAGGGAAUUCGUUUUAGAUUUUA